GAAAAUUGACUGCGAUGACGGUAAAUCGUUAAAUUGUUAUUUACGUGCCGGGAAAAAUUUUAUUUUCUCAUAGUAUAAAUUAUGUAAGCGUACACAUGAAAUUAAAGACCACUGGCGUUCAGAUUGACUUAUCUUUAGUUGAUAUAAUAUUGUGUCCGGAAUAAUGCAAUAGCAUGGCUAUUAUAAGUAUGUAGGUACCUACUUUAUAUUAUAGAAACUAAGAGAUUAUAUUAUUGUUCAUACGCAGUCUAAUCGUCAAACCAUAUAUGCCUACAUUUGUAUUAAGUAUAUUAUAUUGAACACUAAUAAAUAUGAAAUGGUUCAAAGUCAUCUCAACGGUGUACGCAUUGGUAUUCGUCAGUUUUUCCUAUUUUGCGCAAUGCUCCGGAGCUCCUCCAACAGCGCCGUCGCGGUCUUUGGCACAAAACUCAACCAAAGCGAUUAGUUUAAAGUGCACACCUCUGGCUCGGUGUGGGCCAUCGAAGCCAAAAGUUUUUCCGGCUACCGCCGCCGUCGCUGCUGCGUUGGCCGAUCUCUUGAAGACCGCCGUUGUGCCAUCCAAUGAGCACCAACACCGGCCUAACUACACACUGCAUCAGUUUCCGGAAGUUCUGCGAAUUUUCGCCCGGUUCAUCGGAAUCGUAGUUUCACCGCCAUCAACACCAUCGCCCAUAUCGAUAACACCAACCCCAUCAACCUCAACAGCACCACCUACCACAGAAAUACCGUCAACACCAUACGAAACCGACGAUUCGGCUACAACUCAGACAGUGUUACCGACAACCCCGUCCGACUCGCCAAUCGCCUGUCCACCGACGACUCCUCAGACAUUAAAAAAAUUGAUGUCUCUGUUCGUCCCGGUAUCGGCCAUCCCUUCUUCUGCACCGACCGCACAGCCAUCGUCGGCCGUCACGUUACCAAAAUUGUUCCGAAAGGCUGGUACACUUUGUGAGGACUCAAAACCAGUUUGAACGACUCGACGGAAGACAACUUUAAUUAAUAUCAUGUACACACGAUGUUAUACUUACAUUUUAUGUAUUAAAUAUUAUUUAAGUAGCAAUAAUAUAUUUUAAUAAAUGUAUGUUAUUCUCUGCAAUAAUCAAUAAUGUGAAGAUAUUAUGCUUCUUAAUGUGUUGAACAGCAACAGUAGCGUACAUUGGUCUGUGGAAAUGUCACGAAGUUAAAAUAUAGGUAAUAUAUGGUGUUUAAAAAUUUUUGUUAUAUCGUUAUAUAUAAUAUACAAAACUAGAAAACCUUAA